UGGUUUUCCCCCACCUGCCAAAACAGCAGACUCAGCGGGCAGUGUUAUAGGAAUGUUGUCUCAUCUGUCAUUCAUUGAGUUAUUUUGGGGGCCAGCUUGAUAAGGAGCAACUUCCUGAGGUUGGCAGGGGUGGAGUGGAAGAAAAGAAGACUUUGUCUUAAGAGUUCUAUUCAGGGGGCAUCAGCAGGAGGAUGAUGGUUAGAACUCAGUGCCUGCUGCCUACUCUGUGGCUCUCGAAUUGGAUACAUCUGCUUCUGGUGCCUGGCAGUGUUCCCCCUGCCUGGGCCCUGAACCUGGAUGCUACACAGCCAGUCUUCUAUGUAGGCCCCAAUGGCAGCCACUUUGGAUUUGCUCUGGAUUUCUACCAGGAUGGCUAUGGAGGCAUUGGCAUCAUGGUAGGAGCUCCACGGGCUGUAGGCCUCCAGGGGGAGGAGACUGGAGCUGUGUUCCUGUGUCCCUGGGCAACCCAGGGGAGUACCUGCAGCCCCCUGACCUUUGACCUCAAGGAUCAGACCAGCAGCGUGGGCUCCAUGACUUUCAAAACCUUCAAGACCAAGCAGGGGCUUGGUGCAUCCGUUGCAAGUUGGAAGGAAAACAUUGUGGCUGGCGCUCCCUGGCAGCACUGGAACGCGUUGGAGCUGACCGAGGAGGCCGGAAAGACACCCGUCGGGAGCUGCUUCGUGGCCCAGCUCAAGAGCGGCCGUCGGGCGGAGUAUGCGCCCUGCCGGGAGAAUGCCAUGAACCAGCACUACCUAGCUAACUACCGCAGAGACUUGCGCUACUGCGAAGUAGGGUUCAGUUCCACCAUCACCCAGUCUGGGGAGCUGGUUCUGGGGGCUCCUGGAGGCUACUAUUUCAUAGGUCUGGUAGCCCGGGCUCAGCUUUCUGACAUCGUGGCCAGCUACACCCCUUCCUCACUCCUCUGGACUGUGCCCUCCCAGCGCCUGAGCAUGGAUGUCUUUAGACCUGAGCACCGGGACUCCUACCGGGGGUACUCGGUGGCUGUGGGAGAAUUUAAUGAAAACCCUAAAGAUACAGAAUAUGUACUGGGUGUCCCCAACUGGAGCACAACACUGGGAGCGGUGGAAAUUUUUUAUCAGAAUCUCAGCAUCCUGCAUUUGCUACAAGGAGAGCAGGUUGCAUCAUACUUUGGGCACACAGUGGCAGUGACUGACAUCAACAGUGAUGGGAAAGAUGACCUGCUGGUAGGUGCCCCGCUCUUCAUGGAACACCAAGCCAACCGAAAACUGGCAGAAGUGGGACGGGUAUACAUCUACCUGCAGCUUCGAACCCCACAUACCCUGGGCAGCCCCAAGCAUCUGACUGGCACUGAGUUGUACGGGCGCUUUGGCUCAGCUAUUGCUCCUCUUGGUGAUCUGGACCAGGAUGGGUACAAUGAUGUAGCAGUAGGUGCCCCAUUUGGAGGACCCAAUGGACAGGGCCGAGUGUUUAUAUUCCAGGGACAAGAUGAGGGCCUGAGCCCAAACCCAUCACAGGUUCUAGAUAGCCCUUUCCACCAAGGUUCUGGCUUUGGCUUUGCCCUGAAAGGGGCCACCGACAUUGAUAAAAAUGGAUACCCAGAUCUGCUGGUGGGGGCAUUUGGAGCCAGCCAAGUGGUUGUAUACAGGGCCCAACCUGUGGUGUUAGCCACUGUACGAUUAGUGGUACCAGAGGUAUUGAACCCAGCUGCGAAGAACUGUGACCUCCCCAGCCCAAAGACUGUAGUUGCUGUCAGCUGUUUCGAUAUCCAGAUGUGUUUUGAGUGUCUGGGAGCAACAGUCCCGAAGAAGCUUCGUAUAAAUGCCGAGCUGCAGCUGGACAGGCUGAAACCACGAACACGGUCCGGCGUGUACUCUUGCUGGGGCUCUCUGCAAUCAAGCACCACACUAGAAUUAGAAUUAGGCAGUGACCAGAACUCUAUCUGCCAUGACACCAAGGCCUUCCUGCAGGAUGAGGCUGAAUUCCGGGACAAGCUGAGCCCCAUCGUGCUGAGUUUUAAUGUGUCCUUAAAGAACCAGGGGGCUGGAGGCUCUCUGCCCCUGGUACUGAAUGGAGACACUCACGUCCAGAAGCAGACACGCAUCAUACUGGACUGUGGGGAAGACGACGUGUGCAUACCCCAGUUACAACUCAAUGCCAGCAUGAAAGGUUCUCCACUCCUGAUUGGUGCAGACAAUGUGCUGGAACUACAAGUGAAUACCACCAAUGCGGGUGAGGGUGCCUAUGAGGCUGAGCUGGCGGUACAUCUGCCCCAAGGUGCCCAUUUCAUGCAGGCACUGAGUGACAUCAAGAACUUUGAGAAACUACUUUGUAUCCAGAAGAAGGAGAAUGAGAGUCAGUUAGUGCUGUGUGAACUGGGCAACCCCAUGAAGAAGGGUGCCAGGAUGAAAAUUCUUAUGCUGGUGAGUGUGGGAAACCUGGAAGGAGCUGGGGACAGCGUCUUGUUUGUGCUGCAGGUUAAGAGCAAGAAUAGUCAAAAUCCUAACAGUGAAAGCUUUUCCUCAUGGAGGGUCCCAGUCAGGGCUCAAGCCCAUGUGAGCUGUUUGGGUGAGGGGGGGGCAGAGAACUCUUUCCCAGCUACCUUGGUGCUCUCCCCACCCCCUGAGGGAAACCUGGGGAACAAGGACCCUGACGUAGACAGGAGUACCUACAAGAUGGGAAGAUGCUUCAAGGUGGAACAUGCAUUUGAGCUCCAUAACCAGGGUCCAGGGACAGUGACGGGGCUUCGGCUCUGGAUAGGCUUCCCUAGCCGUUCCCAUACUGAUGACCUGCUCUACGUGCUGGAUGUUCACACCCAAGGAGACCUCGAAUGCUCUGCUCAGCCUUCCCCCAAUCCCCUUAAUCUGAAAAUUGGGCAACCUACCCCUGCUCCCACCUCUGCCUCCAGCCACCCUUUCCAGCACGAUCGAGAGAAGAGAAGCGCAUUCACCCCAGAGCAUUUAGGGCCCUCUGGGCUCCAGGAACCAAUGCUUCUGAACUGCGACAUGCCCUGCACUUUGGUGAAAUGUGGGCUGAAGCAGAUGGGAGCGAGGAGCCAGCGGGUUAUGGUCACCAUCUCUACCAUUCUGUGGAUGCCUAGCCUCCUCAAGAGGGCCCCUGGAAACAGUUUUGUCCUGCAGUCUAAAGCCUGGUUCAACGGCUCUGUGCCUUAUGAUGUGCCUGCUGAGAGCCUGCCUCAAGGACCACGUGUGUGUGGGGGGGUGUUCACCCAGGUGGAGACCAAGCUGCUUCGGGCAAGCCUGGAAGAAAGGGAGAUUCCCACCUGGUGGGUGGCCGUGGGCGUGAUAGGUGGUCUGCUUUUGCUGGCCUUGCUCAUCCUUGUAAUGUGGAAGGUUGGCUUCUUCAAAAGGAAUCGCCCGCCCCUGGAAGAAGAGGAAGAAGAGGAAUAAAUAAAUACUUCCUCCCCUCCCUCCCUCAUACUUUGAAGGAAGGCCUGUUCUCUCACCUUGGUCUGUUGCCCUCUUUGCCCUUCCUUAGCUCCAUUGGCUGUAUCCACCCUCCCCAGAUCCCUGAAGCCACUCUUUGUGUGUGUGGAGGGUGGGGGAAGGAAGGCAGGCUUGAACCUGGCCAGACAAGGCCUCCCAAAUCCAGGCUGCUCUUGGUAUCCUCUCUCCAACCCAGAUACUUCUGAUUUUGUCAUUAUUCCCAGAAAAAUGAACCCUAAUAAAUGAA